CAACAAAAUAUACCAAGAAACAUUUUUGUUCAUUUUAUAAUAUUUUAUUUAAAUUGUUUUAUAACCAAUCUUCUGGGAAAGUAAAUGUUUUAAAUUUAAAUUUUAGUAUAGUUUUAAUGAUUUUUAAGCAAUAUGAUUGAAAGUGAACCUGAUAUUUUAAUGCAGGAUUGGGAGGAUGAAUAUUUAAUUGAAACUGCAAUUGAAGCACCUCGAGUUUGGAACACAUUAUACGAUGAAAUUGAAAUACAAGAAUUAAAACCUAAUAAAUAUGAUGAAGUACUUAAAAUGAUCAAGGAAUAUUAUAUCUAUGAUGAACCAAUGAUUCAAAGUAGUAAAAUGCAUACAGACAAUGGAUCUGUUGAAGAGUACUUGUACUUGAUUCGAACUUGGAUGAAAGACACACUUUCAACUGUUGCUGUGGAACAGAAAACAGGAAAAUUGGUCGGAUUUCUUAUAUGUCGAUUCAACGAAUUAAAUAACAGAGAUCCCGAAUUCAGCAAAGAUAGGGUAUAUGAAGGUACGAUAUUAAGAGAACUGCAAAAUUUUAAACAUUACUUAACUAAAAGAGGUAAUGCAUAUAAACAUAAUAAUGUGGAAAAAAUGUUAGAAGUGUAUUCAUGGUUUGUGCUUCCCGAAUAUAGAAAUAAAGGAAUUGGCUCGGAGUUGCUGAGAAACGUCGUGAUUAGACAACUUCCCGAGUACGGAUGGUUCGACAUCGACGUGAUCGCCGGCGUGUUCACCGACAAGGUGAGCCAAAAAAUUGCCGCGUCGUUAGGAAUGGAGACAUUGUUCGAUUUCGUAUACUCGGCAUGGACCAUCGCCAACAAGAUAACUGGCGAAAAAGAUGAGUUCUUCAAAGAAAUCGUGCGGGAUAAUUACUCGGCCAAAGUGAUGUCUAUGAAAGUCAACACGUCGCCAUCGAAUCACAGCUACGUAUAACGCGAUCGAAGAACAUAUUUUGUUUUUGAAGUUUUUCUCAAGACCACUGAAUAAAUCGUGAAACACUACUUUCAAAGUUUCAAAGUGCCAUCUAGAUAUAAGACUGUCGUUUUAUAUAAAGUUUCGGAGCUUUUAUGAUGCUACACGGAAAAAGUGUCUACAAAAUAAAAAUACCUACAUAAUAAGAAAAAAAGAUAAAACAUCACUGAAAAACCAACACAUUCCUUGUCGAUUCAUUUGAAAUUGAAUCUAAAAAAAAAAAACAAUAAUACAGGCCAAAAACGACCCAUUGAAGCGUCAACGCGGAGCACUGAGCUGUGUAUACUCGAACAAAUAUUUCGAAGGUAGAUGGCUUUUUUCGUCACUGCAAAUUUCUUACGUGUUCGUUUUUAUUAUAAAAAAAAAAAAGGCUCAUCAACUAAAAUAGAAAUAACUGUAUAGAUCAAUGCGAAUAUUAUGUUAAUAGUUUUACGUAGAAGUAUACUGA